CACGUGACUGUCACGUGAUCAAACAAAAUGGCUUCAAGCGUACAGAAAUUGACUCCGUUAGCAGCUGUUGAAAAACUGUCAGAGCGAAUAAUACGAAUAUUAGGAUGCAAUCCAGGGCUUCACACUCUGCAAGGGACUAAUACAUAUCUUAUUGGAAGCGGCAAACGGAGAAUUCUUGUAGACACAGGGAGUCCUGGUAAUUCUGAGUAUAUUAAAGGAUUACAGAAAGCUCUCACAGACAGUAGCUCUUCAAUACAGGAGAUAGUUUUAACACACUGGCAUCACGACCAUAUCGGAGGUGUCAAACAAAUCUUCUCCGAUGUACUCAAUGAUGAAGUUGAUGUGUUCCAAAGUUCAAGAGACCUAUCUCAACCUGACGAGGAUAUAAGUCCAGUUAAAGCUAUACAUACCCCUGGUCACACGGAAGAACAUAUGAUACUAUAUUUAGAAGAGGAGAAUGCUGUGUUAGCUGGGGAUACCAUACUGGGAGAGUCUACGGCAGUAUUUGAAGACCUUCAUUCGUAUAUGCAGUCAUUACAGAAGAUAUUAGACUUAAAGCCAAGUAUUCUGUAUCCAGGGCAUGGUAUUGUAAUAAAGAACCCUUUAGAACAUGUAACAUAUUAUAUUAACCAUAGAAACGAAAGAGAAAAUCAGAUAUUAGAUGUCCUACAGAAGCAGGCGGGAACCAAUCUCUCCACUCUAGAUAUUGUCAAAGUUGUUUAUAAGGGCUUAAAUCCGAGUCUAAUCCCGUCAGCUUGUGGAAAUGCUCGACAUCACCUGAAAAAACUUGUAAAAGAUGAUAAAGUUGAACAUAUAGUUGAAGAAGAUGAAGAAAGAUGGUGUAUUGUGACAUCAAAGUCUAAUAUAUGACAAAUUGAACAAGUAGAACAUCUAAUUGGAUUUUAAUUGCCAAUGGGUGGGAUAUUUUGCCGUGUGGUUGGGAUCUCUUGUCAAAUAUGCAGGAUCUCUUAACUGUGAGAGAAUUUUUAUCCUAUUGUUAUUUUUUUAUCCAACUAAAUAAGCAGGGCUUUCAUUUUGAUAGGCAGGUUUUGUUGUAAAUUUGUGAUAAAGAACAAAGUCAUAUAGAUAGUUAUUGUUUUUAUCAAUUCAUCAAUCUGAAAGAUUUCUCAUAUAUUGACCAUGCUGUUAAUGAAUCUAAUACUAUUAAAUUACUAUACAGUGUUGAGUACAAUUUUGAAUUCUAAUGGAUGUGUACACAGCUGUUUCACCAAUUAAGGUUCAAUAGAAGUAUGGUUCUCAGAAAUUGUUUGUAGAAUAUUUAUGAUGAAAGAUUGUUGAAUUUGGAAUUGUUAUAAUAAUUUUUUAUCUACAUUUCAUUCAGAGAUGAGCUUGAUAAACUUUUAUUAUACAUGUCACUCAUACUAUGCAUUACAUUGUAUUAUAUAAAUCAGAUAUGAAUAUCUAUGUAAAGUAUUGCUAUCAAACAAACUAAUGUAACUUUUAUAUAUCUGGAGCUUUAAUUGUGUCGAAGUUAGAUAAUAUAUUAUAUUUGUAUUUUAUACAUAAAAUGUGUGUGCUAUUAUUAACUAGUAGAUAAAAGUGAGAGUCAGUUGAAAAAUGUUAAUUAUUUAUCACAGUAUAUAAAUGAAAUCACUGUACCCUGUCUUGCGAGCCUAUAAAAUUGAAUGUGUACCCUGUCCUUAGAUUACAAGCACAUGUUACUUCCGAUUACUGUUACUUACUUUGGGAUAUAUAUAUUUUAACUUGUACCUUUCUUGGGAUAACAGGAAGUAGACUUGUUUAUAUACUGUGUUUAUACUUAUUAGGAGUUAAAUAGAAUUUUACACAUGUUGUAUUUUGUUAUAGUUUACAAAAAAAAAAAAUUAACACUUAAGUACCAAGGUAUUUACUUGUAUACAAGUACAUUAUCAAUGUUUUUAAAUUGUUCAUGUUUGUG